AAAUAAUUAUUUAUAAAAUAACAAGCAUUUUUGAACAGUGGUAAUGAAUGGGGCUAAUUUUGAUCUAAUAGAAAAAUAUGUCCCGCAUAGCUAUGUGCAACAAGGUAAAGAGGCACGAAGCGUAUUGGAAAAAAAUAUCAGAAUACUGCUGGAACAGGGAAAACUUCCAGUUGAAGGGUGGGAUGAUCUGUCCAUCAAGCACUUGCUAAAUGAAGUUGCAUUAAUGGACAGCAAUAACUUUCCUGAAAAUUGUGGUGUUGGUGAAAGGGAGGCUCGAAUUGCAUCCUCACUAGUUGCAGAACGUCAUUUUCAUCUUGGUCAUGGCAUGGGUAGAUCGGGUGACAUUGCAGAAGUUCAACCUAAAGCUGCUGGCUCUUCUCUUAUUGCUAAACUAGCCAAUUCCUUUGCACUUGAUGUUUUAAAGUUGACUGGAGUGGCAAAUGUGAAAAGUUGCCUCGUUGUUCCCGUUGCUACUGGCAUGGCUUUAGUACUUACCAUGUUGGCUUUAAAGGAAAAAAGACCAAAUGCGAAAUACGUAAUAUGGCCAAGAAUUGAUCAGAAAUCUUGUUUCAAAUCCAUUCUUACAGCAGGUCUCCAACCUAUCAUAGUCGAAAACGUGCUGUCUGGUGAUCACCUAACUACAGAUGUCAGCAGCAUAAGACGUAUUAUUGGGAGAGUUGGGAAUGAAAAGAUUUUGUGUGUUAUGUCCACUACAAGUUGUUUUGCACCAAGAAUUCCAGACAGACUGGAGGACAUAGCAAAUGUAUGCAAAGAAUAUGCUGUCCCUCAUAUAGUUAACAACGCAUAUGGUGUGCAGGCUACAAAAUGUAUGCACCUUAUUCAGCAGGCAUCUCGAUGUGGUCGUCUGGACACGAUUAUUCAAAGCACAGAUAAAAACUUCAUGGUGCCAGUGGGCGGGGCCAUUAUUGCUGGAUUCGAUAAAUCAUUUGUGCAAUCCAUUGGAAAGAUGUAUCCAGGCCGUGCUUCUGCGAGUCCAGUUAUUGAUUUCUUUAUUACGAUGUUGUCUUUGGGCUCUAACGGAUAUAAGAAGCUACUGUCUGAAAGGAAGGAGCUGUACUUGUAUCUACAAAAUGGUCUGAAUAAUGUAGCUGGAAGGUAUGGGGAACGUGUAUUAGAUUCUAAACAGAAUCAAAUCUCUCUUGGUGUUUCAUUGACAAAACUAGACAAGAUGUACCUGGGAAACAAAAAGCGUAUCACCGAGUUUGGUUCACAUUUGUUUAAACGUUCAGUAUCUGGAACAAGGGUGGUCACGCCAUUUGAUGAAAAAACAAUUGGCGGAUAUACAUUCACUGGAUGGGGCGCACAUUUCGAUAAAUAUCCAUGUUCGUAUUUGACUGCAGCUGCUGCUAUCGGUACUACCAAACAAGACAUCGAUUUGUUUUUGAAAAGAUUAGAUAAAACUUUUAAGCAGUUCCUAAAGGACUAUUCAACUCCCGAAAUACUUCUUUCUAGUACUGUAACGACAAAGAAUCACUAUGAUGGAGAACAAAAUCAAGUUGCCGACAUGUUAAACAAAACGGCGAUGGAGCAACGUGUACCGCUAUCUCCGACUUUGUCUUUAAACGGCGAGUAUGACGACAGGCGAAACAUAACUUCGGCAGCACUUGCUCGUUCUCAUUCAGACAAAGCAUCGUAUGUUAGUGGAACAUGGCCGAAAGCGUUACGACGGGAUUCGCCGCAAAAGGGUUUUCGAAGUAGUGCAAAUCGAAAAUUUGUAUUCGAUGCGCAAGGGCAGUGCUCAUCUGAUGGUACGGGAGAGUUCGUGGACCAGGAAUUGGCCAGUCAGAUUGUUCUUCCUGAGGAGAAGAGUAAAGAUAAGAUGUCGUUUUUAGUAGAUAUUUAAAUUAUAGUCAAUUUGUUUCCGUUUCAACAUCGACUUUGAUUCUAAAUCAUAUUUAUUAUUAUAUGACCUGUUUUGUCUUUCGUUGUUCUUUUGUUCGUAAAAACGUUUUUGAUCAUGUUUUAAAAUUACUUACAGUUUACGUCCCUAUGGAAAGGACGUCUUUUAUUUAUAGACUUUUGGUGCGCUCAAAGUUUUUAUUGAUGUUUAUAAAGAUCAUCAAAAGUGUCUGGGAACGAGGUUGCGGGAAUUAAAGGCUAUUUUAAAAAAAGAUAAUUCUGCAAAGUUGUAAAUCCAAAGGUUACCUGGAACGAACUUACUACCCAGCCUUCAUUUUCAUGGUUUUAGCAACCUCGUUUCCAGCGUUCUUAGGUCGGAGACGAAAUACACUAGACAGCAGGUAACUUUGAGAAAAUUCGUAUACGGUUUUUUGAUUCCUAUUUCGUACGCUAAAAGUUUUGUUCAGGAAGUGCCUGUGUUGUGUUUUUUCGUCUCUUUAGCGUACACAUCGUGAAACAUGCAAGUUGCUGUUUUGACUGGACCUAAAAAGUUUUAUUCCGGGCGCCAAGUUUCUUACUAAGUUUCGGGAAUAAAAAAUUAUUAGCAGCCAUUUAUAGCUGAAUAUUUAAAUUUUCAUGGAUUUUUUUUUAUUCUGUUUAUUUGAAAUUUUAACCAGUGUAUUAUUGCAAAUGAAUUCGAAAUAUAUUUAACUACAGGAACAAUA